GCGGAAGCCUUUAAAACAAUGUCGUCAAAUCCUCUUGUAGUUUAAACAAAAUAAAAAUCAACAAGUAUUUAAUUCAAUUUCAAACAGCCUCGGGCAAUCCACCAGCGUCACACUUCACUGUCCUCCAGGCUGCAACUCAUCCAGUUCUUGAUCUCUACCUGUAAAAAUAGGGAGAGUGGAAGUAUCUAACGCUAAAACUAACUCAUAGACUAGCACCCAUUAAUAUAUAAUCAAACAAUAUCAGAAGGAUCAGCAAAUAUAAUUAUCCAACUGUGCCACUAUUUACCCUGAUAAUUCAGGUUAGUUCUUACGCAUACUUACGCCUGCUAAAUAUAAUCCAAUUCAUACCUACGGGAGUAAUGGAAUCCAGGCUCUCACCCAAACCCACACUCAUAACUCCAAAGCUCUCGCAAUGGAGGGGGUUGAGGCCCCCGUUGGCUCUCGCCAGGGGUCAAUGACCACCGUCCGCACGUUUUUAACCCUCGAGACCAUCGGAUGAACGACGUCACCCGCAUGACCUUAAUUUCUAAUCUUGAUUCUAUUGCUAAUUUUUAAUUAUCCAACCCAGUUCAUCUAGAUUUACUAAGUGGCAUAUUUCAUUCCAAAUUCACCCAUAAGUUCCAUGUUAUGACAAACCCUCUAUUGAAACACAUUUUAUUAUCAAGAUAAAUAGAAAUUGAUUUGUGGUUAUUUAGAUUUGGGGUCAAUGUAUAGCAAAAUAUGGUGGCCAAAGUUGAAUUCCAUAAACCAUGCUUAAACUAUUAAUUAGAAAGCCAAGCACGCCUCCCACACCGGAGCCCAACUUCCUGGACGGUAAAAGAACAGUGGCUCUCCAACAACAAUCGGCGGCGUCUAUUCAACCGGUAGCAGCACCAGCAAAUCUCCCAAGAGCAACAAAGGAGACAGGAGUUCCCCGUCAUAAAUCACUCACCUUGAACCGGCGAAAAAUUCCGGCGAAGAAGCUUUGGCGAACUUUUUUGGCGAACUCCGGUGUUUCUCUCUCCGACCCUUGCUCCUCUGGUUUGGCCAGCCGCGGCGAGGAGACGAAGAAGGAAGAAGAAGAAGGCAGGACCAUUUAUUUGCCUAUUGCGGCGAUUGCUCUGGUCUAGACGGAUACGUUUCUUUCCCUUUUCAUU